CUUCACUCCUCCAUCCACCUCCACCUCCACCUCCCCUCCAAGUCCUGGCAUCCGCAGGCUCCUCAACACCGACUCGUCUUCUUUCUGUUGUUGUAAAAGACUCAAUUGUGUAGUUCAUUGCAUAUUUCCGCAUUGCAUUGCUUCCUUUGUUGCAUUUCCCACCGCGUCCUCGAAAUCGUCUUCGGCUUUGGAACCUUUGCUUCGUGUCCCCACUUCAACCACGAAUUUCGAUAUAGAAUAGUAGUGUUGACGGCUUAAUUGUCUUUUGACCUGCUUAUUGCAUUGGUGCCGUGUUCAAUUUGCGAAUAUAAAAUUAAUCUACAUCUCCAAGAGUCCGGGACUCUGUCUAUCGUCAGCCGUACCAGCCGAGUACCCACGAAACUGUGAUUCACAUCCUUCCAAACCGGCCGAGAAGAAGUGAAGGCUCUACAAUCCGAAUCUAUCUUGUUCUUAAACCCAUUGAACAACUCCACCUGUCGAAAUUAGCGCAGCAUUCCGACAAGCUCCGCUGAACCCAAUACACCUCUACCUGUCUCUCCGCCUUCAGAUUUGCCAAAUGCUUUGGUAAUAGACGCGUCUUUCAGAUCUGAUUCUAUGAAUUCACCGUCCAAGGAUUUAAUUGAUCACUCACCAAUCAAUCAAGUAAUUGGUCUAGUGCAGUGGCUGGAACUGGACGAGUCGACAUAGCAAUUUCCGUGAUUGACAUACCAAAACAGAUAACGUUACCCUCUAAACAGUCACGUCUCUGGGUUUGUGCUUGCAUUGAUUUGCCCACAUAACUCAAUCCCAAGGGUACUGGCGUCACUCGAGGUAUCCAAAGGGGUUUAAAGAAAUUCUUCGAUAAUUGAUAAAGGCGGGGUUUUUUGGCAUCUCAAGAGGGUGGUUCAUUCAGACCUUUUAAAAUGUUGUUUGUCAAAAGUAUUGUGUCAGCAGUGACACUGGCUUCUACCGCACACGCUUUCUUCCCAUACAUGCCUGAAUGGAGAUGUACCCUCGACAAAGACUGCUCACCAGCCAAACGUUCUACUGAAAGCAGUGAUGCGCAACCUCCUCUUACUAUGAGAGUUGUUCAACGUACUCCCGAGGUAUAUCAUCGAGUGUUCGGAAUUCAAAAUAUGUCUAACAUUCACAACAGUCCAAUCUAGCCAAGGAUGUUCACAUCAAAGAUUUAGCGAACAGGCUCAAAAAGAAGUACAGUGGCCGACAUUCGAUCCGAACGGGGGAAUUCGACAAGAGAGCCAACGCCUACAAGGUCGUCCCUCCAGCAAUUCCUUCACAACCCAAUUCCGUGGGAGUCUACCAAGAUGGCACUGAUUAUUCGUAUUUCGUUCAAGCAUCACUGGGUUCUGAUGGCACACCUGUGUACUUUUUGCUUGAUACUGGGGCCGGUACUAGUUGGGUCAUGGGACCUUCUUGUAACACAGAUUCGUGUAGGAACCAUAAUUCUUUUGGGGGUGCCAACUCAAAAACCUUCAAGGAUCUUAAUAUUCCUUUCAGUAUCCAUUAUGGCUCAGGAAAUGUCAAUGGAACCAUGGGAGAAGAUACUAUCGCGAUGGCAGGCUUUAAAAUUACGACUUCGUUGGGUAUUGCUGCAUAUGCCAGCGAUGAUUUCAACCAUUUCCCAAUUGAUGGGAUUCUCGGACUCUCGCUAGCGAAAGGAAAUACACCUCAUUUCUGGGAAUCUCUCGCGGCAUCAAGAGCCCUCAAAGCCAACCUUUUCGGACUUCAUAUUAAUCGUAAUGCUGAUGGACCCAAUGAUGGUGUAAUAACCUUCGGAGACGUUGAUACAACAAGAUUUACUGGCGAUAUCAAGUACUAUCCGAUCGCAGGUAAUACGGAGAGUGACUGGGCUCUUGCUCUUGGAAAUGUUGGAAUCGGUAAUUCUCAGGCUGGAGUUACAGGAAGAGUUGCAUAUAUCGACACAGGAACUUCUUUUAUAUUCGGACCCCCCGAAGAUGUCAAGAAAUUGCACGCGUUAGUUCCAGGAGCCAGCUCCAGCGAUGGAUCAACCUGGACCGUACCGUGCGAUACGAAAUCGUCUGCUUCAGUAACCUUUGGCACUGAUACCUACAACAUCUCGCCCAAGGACUGGGUUUCUCCGGUUGUAGAUGGUGUUUGUACAAGCAAUAUUUAUGGGGUUAGUGUCGUGGAUGAGAAAUCUUGGCUAAUUGGCGAUACAUUUUUGAAAAAUGUUUAUUCGGUUUUCGAUUAUGACAAGACCAGACUUGGUAAAUUUAUCAUAUUUCUUUGGAUUGAGCUAUGAUUAACAUUGAAAAGGGUUUGCUGCCAAAGCAUCUGAAUCACCCACUACCUCGUCAGCUUCGGCGUCGUCUACUGGUCAGUUAACACCCUCCUCAAUCGCUUCGGAGUCGACUUCGACCCCAGCACCUAUCCCCCCUACUUCUACUGCCCCUAAUACUGGAUCAACGGCCGGUCCUUUACCUUUGGAAACACAAUCUAAUGCAAGCUCCACAGAUUUCUCUGGUACUACUACUGCUACACAAUCCGGUUCCACGGCUUCUGUCUCAGAAACCUCUGCAACAUCACCAACCAGCCAGGAUGGGGGUGUGAAUGGUCACCAAACUCCCUCCGACACAGGAACUGCUGUUACACCCGCGGCUGCCGAGAGUUCGAGUACUGAUACUCCAAAGAAAUCCGGUGUUGCUCGAUCGAUAGCGGACCUUCCAAGUACGAUAUUCGCCGUCGGCGCAGUUUUCGUUAUGCUCCUCGUCUAA